CGUCCUGUUCUCCGUGUGGGCGGAGUUCCAUCCCCCGACCUUCUCGAGCAGCCGCUGCCUAGGCAACCGCAGAGGCAUGCGUUCGCAGGAAGGAGGGCCCGUCAGCCGCACAGACCGCUCCGAAAGUCAGCAGCGGGGACCUGAGCGCCGUCCUGCUCGCUGCUGGGGGAGACACGGACCGGGCUGCCGCGGAUAGAGGAGACGCUCCCAUCGACACGUUAGAGCCGAGCUCAUCUUCCUGAAGCUGCACCCGGAGCAGAGGCUGAUUCUAGUUCCUGCAGAGACCUGUGGUUUUUGCCUCACCACCUACAGGAUGCACAUGAAUAAUAUGUUAAAUCAGUGGAACAUCUCCAGGAUGUGCGAUGUGGACCCGUCCUCGGAGCCCAACAGCCCCACCCUGUACGGCGAGUCUUCAGACAGGUACUACCAUGUGGACCGCUGGCAGAAGCUCCGCACGGCCGUACGCAAACUGGAGUUCUGGGAAAACUUCCGAGCUGAACUCAUCGGGAGCGGAUUCUUCUCCAGAGUCUACAAGGUGAUUCACAGCACUACGCGGAAGGUGAUGGUAGUGAAGAUCUACAAAAAUGACGUGGACCAAGACAGCAUCGUACGAGAGAUCACCCUGCUGCAGAAGCUCUCUCACCCCAACGUUGUCAGGUAUCUGGGUAUCUGUGUGAAAGAAGACAAACUUUACCCCAUCUUAGAGUACGUAAACGGCGGCUGCCUGGAGGAGCUUCUGGCCAGGAAAGAUGUUCCCCUGUGCUGGAGAGAGAAGGUGGACCUGGCCUGUGACAUCUGCAGAGGAAUGAUCUACCUGCACUACAAGAACAUUUACCACAGAGAUCUGAACUCAAAGAACUGUCUGGUCCGAGAGACUCCUCGGGGCUGGGAGGCCCUGGUGACAGACUUUGGGCUGGCGAGGGAAGUGGUGGAGCUGCCUGUGAAGGAUCCCGGCAGGAAGUUGUCAUUGGUGGGCUCGGCCUUCUGGAUGGCCCCCGAGAUGCUCCGAGGAGAACCCUACGAUCGCAAGGUGGAUGUUUUCUCCUUCGGCAUCGUUCUGUGUGAAAUCUUGGCCAGGAUCCCGGCCGACCCAGAGAUCCUGCCUAGAACCCAGGACUAUGGGCUGGAUGUGAAGGCGUUCGGUGAGCUGGUUUCUGACUGCCCACAGCGCCUCCUGGAGUUAGCAGCCAGCUGCUGCAUGGUGGAGUCGUUCCGGCGCCCGGCCUUCACAGAGCUACUAGAUGAGCUGAGCGAAGCUGCUGAGGGCCUGGAGCCGCCACCGAACCCCGACCUGACGGCCCGCUGAGCAGGGUGUGUCCAGCAGCAGGGAUUAUUGAUCACAGAGCAGACAGGAAGCAGAAGUGAAGGGGAGUUGAAAGAAGGCGGGCCUGAUUGUUGAUGCUUCCUGCUUUCUCACUCGGCACCAGAGGCUCAACUUGUCUUUUCUGAGAGCUGUUAGCCAAACCACGGCUUCCCUCAACACUUUGCUAAAGUCGCCUCCAGGUGAUCAGUGUUACUCUUUGAGGUAGAUCCAGUUUCAUUUCCUGACUCAGAGGUUUCCUCCUCCUCCUCUUCAUUCGCUUGUCCCUGCCAAUCGUUUGGAAUGAACGACGCAGAUCGUCUGAUCUGCUGAUAGGUUUUGGUCUUUGCGUCUGCUUUAGUUGUUCUGUUUUCUGUCAGGACUUCUGCUUCGUUCAGCGACAGACUCCAAACGGCUGCAGACAGCAGACUGACUGUUGUGUUCAAGGUUUUUGAGAGCUUGUCUCAGUUUUACAGAAAAUAUCCUUUGUUUCUAUACAUGUACAGAAAAACAACAGGCGACAAAGUGUACAGACCCCUGUUAGAGUGAAAAGAAAUAAUUAGACGAGCAAAUCAUUCCAAAACCUUUUCAGCCUUUAAUGUGACAGUUCUAAAUUAUAAUUUUACUGAAAAAAAACACGUCAAUAAUAAAUCUGUUUACUUGCUAUUGAUGCAAAGCAAAGUAAAUCCACGUCUCACAUCAAUAAUAUUGAUAUUUUUACCGAUAUGGAUACUUUUUAUUAUGUAGGUUUGAUAUAUCACCAAACUUUUGACCUUAUGUUGUUUUUAUGUUUCUUUUGAACUAUUUUGUAUAAACAUAGGACAGAAUUUUUACAGGUUUAUAAGUGUCUAACAUUCAAAUAAUAUAUUAACAUGAUAAACAGAAACAAUAGAAUAGUAGUGUGUAUUUUUUUAUAAAAAACAAAGUGCAAAAAUGAUCAAAGCAAAAUCUUUUGCUGUAGACAAACUGCAGCCCCAAAAUGAAAUAAAGUUUGAAGAGAAAAUCUGAAAUGUAUCGAUCCAGAACUGAUACCAAUUUGGAAUUGAUAUUAUUGAUACUUUGGAUGGAUCUCGUCACCUCAAGUGUUCACAAUAUUAAAAUAAUAGUUUGCUGACGCAGCAUUUAGCCUUCUUUGGUAGAAGCUUGCAGGGAUUUUACAUAUUACUUUUCAACAAAGUAACAGCGAAACAGGCUGGAGAUUAAAUCAGUUUUCAGACUGAGGAUAUGAUCCACAGCCCUCUUCAGGUGACCCAACAAGCUUUCUGUCACAAUUAGCUGUGCUCUCUGAUGCCAAGUUUUAAGUUUUUCUCUUAUGAUGUCAUUUUUAUGUUUAUUUGAACGUCUGCUUGAACCCUGUGUGAUGCUGAAAAAGUCUAAUCAAUUUUCAUCUUCAGCUUCUUGGUAAGCGCCUGAAGGUGUUGCAUAAAAACUGAAUGAUAUUUAAAACUGUUCAUGAACUCAUCCACAUUCACAAAAAUAUGGACCCCUCCCACCACCACGCUUCACUGGUGUUCCUCUGAAGAUGGGAAAUUUACCAGAUUUGUUGGUUCCUGUACAGGAAGAAAAUCAUAUUAAAGACAUAAAAGGUUAAUUGUCUAAUUUUGAAUCCUCUAACAGGGAUGUGUAAACAUUUUACAGCUUGAUUGGAGACAACUGUCAUGGUGAUGCAUAAAUAGAUUUUUAAAUCACAAAUCCUUUGACUCCAGUAUACCCAGACUGUCUGUAUCCUGUUGCUUUUAUAUAUUUCUCUGAUCUUUUUAAACAUGCUUGUAUGUUUUUUUAAAAAAAACCUGAGCUUUCUGUAUGUUUUUGUUCUUCUGGUUCUGUAACGGUCCAGUUUGUUUUUUUAUGUUAUCAGAAUUUCAAGGCAGCUAAAAUGCAACAGACAGAUAGCUUCAUUACUUCUAACAUCAGCCACACUUUUGUGAUGGAACAAAUAAAGUGAUAUUCUUUG